UAACAAAUAUGGAUAUCUUUGUUCCUAAUAAUCUCGAAUGAACCUUUGUAUUUCUGUGAUGACACUUGCAAUGACCCCCUUCUCUUGUCUGAAUUUGAGUCUUCUCUCUCCUUUGCCUAAUUAGUCCAGCUAAGGUUUAUCACUUGUGUUUAGUUCUUUGAAGAACUCCUUAUUCUAUUACUCUCUUGUGCUUCUUUUUUGUCUCUAUUUCAUUUAUUUGUGCUCUCUUCUGAUCUUAUUAUUUCUUCCUUUCUGCUAAUAUUGGUUCUGGGUUUGGGUACCAGACAUUUUCUAAUACACUUGAUCAAUAAGAGUCUCCCAGGCUUUCUUAUAAAGCACAGGGGACUGGGCAUUUCACUGGCUUUUCUAUUACAUCUAACCUGGCACAUACACUUUUCUGAGCCACAAAGCACAUACUUCGGAUUCCUUCCUCUACUGCCUUUCUUUGAACUUAUGGAUUUUUCCAUUUCUUUUAGGGUAGGAUAUCAAUUGCAACCUGAAAAAAGGAAAUCUCCUGGGAUACUAGUGCCAUCUAACACUCAAGCUAAAAGCUAUGAACCAUAAUUAUGAACUCUUUCUCAUGCAGCUGUGAUCCCAUCCUCACUGUGCCCACCAUGACUCAGCAUGCACAGUCCCUUCUCCUGCGUCUGAUCAUCCUCUGCCAGGCAGGCCCUUCCCUCACAGUAGGCCUGGCACCUCCAUUGCAAGGGACUCACUCACUUUGCUAUGAUUUCACCAUCAAUUCUAAGCCAGCACCUGGACAGCAAUGGUGUACAGUCCAAGGCCAGGUGGACCACAAGAAUUUUCUCUCCUAUGACUGUGGUCUGGACAAGGUCAAAUCCAUGAGUGCCCUGGGAGGGAAAGUGAAUGCCACAAUCACCUGGGAAGAGCAAAACACCAUGCUGAGAGAAAUGGGGGAUAUGCUAAAACAGCAACUGGCUGACAUUAAAGCAGAAAAUGGCAUGGGCAGGGCUCUCGAGACCCUGGAGGGGAGGAUGACUUGUCAGCAUAAAUCCAGUGGAUGCACCAGUGGCUCCUGGCAGUUUGGAUUCAAUGGACAGAUGUGGCUCCGCUUUGACUCAGACAAGAGAAGCUGGACAGAGGUUCAUCCUGGGUCCAACUGGAUGAAAGAAAAGUGGGAAAAUGACAGGGAAGUGUCCGAAUUCUUACACAAGACCUCAAUGGGUGACUGUAGAACCUGGCUUGAGAAGUUCUUGGUGGAAUGGAAAACAGAGCUGGAGCCAACAGGACCUUCAACCACCACCCCAGACAGAGUCUCCCAGGAGUCCACAGCCAGCACCCUUAUUCCCUCGGUCCUGCUCUUGAUCCUCACCUGCUUCAUCCACCUAGGCCUCCAGAUCUUCCUGACAGGUGCUGUGGGCAGAAUGGGAAGAGAGACAUGGGGCAGCUGUGUGAGCAAUGAGGACAGGAAAGUGAACUCCCAAGAACCCAGUCUGCACUCUGACUGGUCCUUCUCAUUCUGAGAUGAGACAGAAGAAUCGGGCCUCCCUCCUGUCACUGGUAGCAAUAGCUUGGCCAUUCUGAGCCCUGAGCUCUGAGAAAUCCUUCCUGUUAGGGUUCAUGGGAAAGAGAAGGGGCCAUACCAAGGCAGCCUGUGGAUUCUAAAGGGUUUUCGCUUAUACAGGUCUGAUUCAGACCACAUUUCUACAAAAAAGGGGCCCAGUGGUGUGUGGUGAAGAGAUAACAGGAACACAGGAAGGAAAUACCCAAUCCUGGGUGAUGGCAGCAGGGUAGCUCCAUUCAAUUUGUUAAAAGAAAGGAACUCCUUACCCACAGUCAAAAAGAGAGGUCCUAUGCUAAUUCCAGGAGAGGAAGCAGGAAAGGCCUUUCUCAACCAAGCUUGGAAGGCUGGAGUUCAGGACUGCAUUCCCAAAGGAGGCUCAUUUCCAGCUGUUGAAUUGAUAACUGAGAAGAGAGUCUGUCCAGGAUGAACGCAGAGGAUGCCAGCUCUCUGGGGACUCCUACAACUCCAGGAUUGACCCUUGGGCCUGGGACCCAGCCUCCUGCAGACUCCAGAUCCUGAGCCUGUGUGUGUGUCCCCUUCUCUUACUGUGCCCUUGGGUGUGGCCUACCCAGGUGUCAGUCAACCUGCUGACAGUGGACAUCAUGAAGAUAGACUCAGCCCCCUGAAAACCUGACCCUUUGCCUCAUUUGAAUAGCUUCUCCUCAAUAAAAGGGGUCAACUAGU